CCGUUGGUGCCCCUGGGGGAAAUUCGUGAGUUGCUGGAGGUCCUGAGUCCUGGACCCGCUCCUCAGAAGCUUCGCCCGCGAGGGAGGAAAAACAGAGCCGGGGCGGGACUCACUGCUCCUUGAAGGGAAGGACACCGACAGGCUCCCUGAGCAGUUCUGAGUCCCAGGACGGUGGGGUCCACCAGGGGAUGGCAGGCAUGUUGUGGAAGCUGCCGCUGAGAUCCCAGCCUUGCAGGCUGUGUUCGUGUAGAAAGAUGCUGUCAGCCCCCAGACACAGACCUUUUGUAGCACGCUUCACCUGCACAACUGACAAUCAGUCAAACAAAGAAAAUGAAAGGACAGUAGAAAAGCUCUAUAAAUUUUCAGUUGACAUCAGGAAAAUUCGCAGAUUAAAAGGAUGGGUACUGUUGGAGGACGAAACCUAUGUUGAAGAAAUUGCAACUAUUUUACAACAACUAGGUGCCGACGAGACUGCCGUGGCCAGUGUUCUGGAACGCUGCCCAGAAGCAGUUGUCUGCAGUCCAGCCGCUGUUCACGUCCAGAGGGAACUCUGGCAAUCGGUCUGCAAAAGCAAGGAAGAGUUAGUCAAGUUAAUAGAACAGUUUCCAGAGUCCUUCUUUACCAUUAAAGACCAGGAAAACCAGAAACAGAACGUUCAGUUCUUUCAAGAGUUGGGACUCAAAAAUGUGGUCAUUAGCAGAUUUUUGACAACUGCCUCUAGUAUUUUUCAUAAUCCUGUCGAGAAAAAUAAGCAAAUGAUAAGGAUUCUCCAAGAGAGUUACCUAAAUCUAGGUGGCUCUGAAGCCAACAUGAAAGUUUGGCUACUAAAAUUAUUAAGCCAGAACCCAUUUAUUUUGUUAAAUUCUUCUGCGGCUAUACAGGAAACACUAGAGUUUCUCCAGGAGCAGGGUUUCACAGACUUUGAAAUUCUCCAACUUCUGUCCAAACUGAAAGGGUUUCUUUUUCAACUUAGCCCAAGAAGUAUACAGCACAGUAUUUCCUUCUCUAAAAGUGCUUUUCAUUGCACAGAUCAUGACCUGAAGCAAUUAGUGUUGAAAUGUCCUGCCCUUUUAUAUUAUUCUGUCCCUGUUUUGGAAGAGAGAAUCCAGGUAUUGUUGAAAGAGGGCAUUUCCAUAGCUCAGAUAAGAGAGACCCCAAUGGUUCUUGAAUUAACCCCACAGAUAGUGCAGUACAGGAUAAGGAAACUGAAUUCUUUAGGCUACAGAAUAAAGGAUGGAUAUCUAGCCAAUCUAAAUGGAACAAAAAAAGAGUUUGAGGCUAACUUUGGUAAAAUUCAGGCCAAAAAAGGAAGGCCAUUAUUUAACCCUGUGGCACCAUUAAACGUUGAUGAGUGACUUGCUGGCUGGUAUUGCUUCCUUCUGGAGUGCAGAGUGGAACUGAGUAGCAAAGACAUGAUUCACGCCGUUUGUCUGUGUGUCAUUUUAAGAAACUACUGGCUUCCGAGUCUGUGUGUAAAUUACCUGUACAUGGGUUGUACAUGAGUUGGAGGAAGUAAUGUCCAACUCAUUUGCCCUGAGUGUGUGUAAUUAAUCCUCACCUGGAUUAUCCUCAGGGGAUAUGUUUAUUGCUUUUAGACAGAAAGGGAGAGAGAGAAAUAGGGAUCAGUUGCCUCCUGUACCCUGACCAGGGAUCAAACCUGCAACCUAAGUGUGUGCCCUUGAACAGGAAUCGAACCUGCAACCUUUUGGUGCAAGGGGACAUUCCAACCAACUGAACCACCCAGCCAGGGCUCAUUUGCUGUGUUUUAAAAUAUAAGUUGCAUUUAUUUGAAGUAAUGUUGGUAAUUUGACCUGCAGCUAUAUUUUUUGAAAUCCUAUACUAUUCAAUGACACAUCAGUGUGAUAUUUUAUAAGUGAAUCAUUUCUAAGAAACUGACACGUGUACUCCCUUGAUUCAAGGUAUGGUUACAUUUUUUAAAUUGACAUACUACGUUUCAGACUAGCCUUCUUCCUCCCCACCAACCCUGAAACAUCACCCCUGUGGUCUGAAUGCUGUAGUUUAGUGUUAAGUGAAACAUCAGCAAAUUAGUACAUUUUUUAGAGAAGGCUGAUUUUAUCUCCUGGUUGGAAUAAAUGAUUAUCUUUCAGAACCAAGUAUGACUCAUCCAAAAAGAACAGUUAGAACCUACUUCUAUGGUCAGUUUGUUUAAAAUUGAUCCUUUUUAUCUCAUGAAAUGCUUUUAAGUGCAUUCAUUACCUUCCCCGUUAUUGCAGAUGAGGAAAGUGAAGCUUAGAGCAGCCACUCAGCUGCCCAGUGACAGAGCCCAGAUUUACUGUGCUCUGACUUCCUUUCAAACCUCCUGACUAGAAAGACUGCCUAUGAGUUGGCCUAAGAAAAGUCACCCCAACAUGACCUGCCAAAGGAGUGAGUACCAACAAAUUUAGGGAUUUUUAGGGAAACUUCUCUGUAAAAUUCCUUAAAUUUGAAAUGAUUUAAUUUAUAAACAAUUGAAGUAAAUGCAGCAUUAAAAAAAUUUUUUUUCUGAAAAUCCAGGUCUGCCUUUAAAAUGAAACGUGUAUGAUGGUUUUAGUACAUUUCAAAUUUCUAUUUCUAAAUCUUGGGCCAACAUAGAUAUUACCCCACAUAAAGACUGGCCCACUUUCAGCUGUGGUUUUGAACUUUGUGAAAAUACACAACCAGACAAUUGAAUCUGGUAUCCAAACAUCUGUGUGCAUCGCCUUUUAAGGAAAAAAUUGUGAAAAACGCAGGCCGUGUCUUCAUUCAGCAGCUGCAGGUAACCUCCACUAUCUAAACUCGGUCUGUUCCUUAGGAGAGAGAAAUCUCUGCAGCACCAGCCAAGUGCCCGGCACAUGGUGCUUUGCAGCUCUGAGUUUGGUACCAUUGUUCACAAUUGUACAGAUUAGGAGCCUCAGGCACAGAGAGGGUCAGUUACUUACCCCACGUCACAUGGGAAUGUUUGUUCAAGGGAAGGAGUGGCAGGCAGUCGGUACAGUGGGGGCAGGCAGAGUGGUGCAAGGUAAGAUGAGUGUUACAAGUGCAGCUAAGGAGCACUCUGUGUGGUAGGAGAUCCUUGGAGAAAGUUAGUGUAUGCUUGUUGGCCUGACAUAAUUAUCCGUGGUGCUUGCUUUCUCUGGCAGUUGUCUCAGUUUGAAAUACAUUGAUCACCUCUUAGGUGUCCGUUUGGGGAUGUCUACUAGAUAUGUGAGCAGAGAUGUCAGAGGCAAGUGGCGAAGUCUGAGAAGUCCGGACUGGAAACAGGCAUCAAGCUGUGACUCUUGAUGAGCUUCCCCAUCCUGGAAAGGGCUAACCAGAGGAGGAAAUCUGCCGGGAAAAGAGGGCAUGGUCAGUAAUAUUAAAUGCCCCUGGAGGCGCCAACUAAGGCACGGACGAGAGUGUCUGAUGGAUUCGGCGAGCUGGAAAUCAUUCGUCGGUCCUAUCAGCAGUGAUUCUGGCGGACUGAGAAAGGUACAAAGACGCCUGGAGUAGGUUGAGAGAACAGAUGAAGAGGAAGAAACUAGUUUUUCAAGAAAUUUUGCUGUGAAUUUUUUCUUUAAAGAAAGCAAAUACUAAGACGUGUUUACAUGCUAAUGGGUAUGACCCAAGAGAGAUGGAUGAAGGACGGAAAACUGCAGGAUUAACGUCCUGGAGGAAGCGAAGAUGGGCAGACUGGGUAAGAGCAGGGACACCAGCUCUGGCCCACAGAGCGUGGGAACAGGGGCAAGCAUGUGAUGGAGGGGGUGGUGUGAGAGUUGCCGUCUGACUGGAGGGGAGUAUACACAGCAGGAGAGUUGGGAGGAGGCACUAGGAAGGCAUUUCAAGGAGUAGGAGAGCGCACGCGCAGGAGGGUGCGUAGGGAAGUUUAGCAGAACUGAGGGGCCGUGUGUGCUUUGUGGCAGUUAGUUCAGAAAGAGCCUUGUCAGUACAGCAGCACGUGUGCGAACACGGCCCGAGGCACAGACACCCAGAGGGACUUAAUGGUCUGGGAAGUACAUUUGUAGCUUACUCUAACUUGAAAAAAUUGCGUUAGAAAAAUCUACAGUUGUGGUCAAAAACCCAGUUUAUUUAUUGACUUUAUUUUUCCUAAGAUUAAAUCUUACUCCAUGUUUUCUUUUGAAAGCCUUUGAAUCUGUGCAUUCUUGCAUUCUCAUUUAGGUCUUUCUGUGUGUGAGUGUACUUGAAAAUAUUCAAAAGCAACAACAUAGCAAGAAGAGACUCUUACAUAAAUCACUAGAGUUAAAUUUUACUUUCUGUGCGAAAAAGGCUCUAGUAACAAAAUUAUUUCCUUUAGGUAAUUUAUGUCUAGUUAUACUAAAUUCACUUAUGUGGCAAAAUGUAAUUAUCUGCCCCAGUAAACAUGGUCACCAGGAAGACUCCGUGUUGAAGGCAAGACAGCCUGGAAAAUCCGCGCACAGGCGGCACGCACGCCAAUGCAGAGGGAGGGACUAGUUACUGGGUAGCCCCACUUCCGUUUCCGGGUGUACCCUGGAGGGGUUGUGACUCAGACUCAUUCAAAAGUGAUAUGGGAAAUUCAGCUAACGUUGAGGGUUAGCCUAUUCCGUGUUUGUAGAAAGAGAAUAGGGAUACUUUUCUCAUGUGGAUUAAAUCAAAUCACGUAAGGAUGCCCAGGAAAUACCCACUUUCUACCUUCCUCCAACUGGUUCCCAACCCUUCGAGUCACUUGUGUCCAGUGAGAGGUCUAAGUUGGUUCCACAGCCACUUAAGAGAGAGGGAAGUGCUCUUUGUUAACUUCUCUGUCAGUUUCCAAAUUUUAGAGUACCUGGGAAUCACCAGCAGAGCUGGUUAAACUGUGGUCCUGGGCCCCACCCUGCAGAAAUUCAGCAAGUUGGGGUAAAACCUAGAAAUCUACAUUUUCAAUCUUUAUCUGAGUUAUUUAAAACAUAUUUGCAUUUAUUGU